AUGCCUCACGUGUACCUCCUCAUAGCGUGCCUGAACCAGCCAGUGCUCUCCACCACUAUCAAAUACAUUUCCGCCCAUAAUGUCUAUAUCAUUGGACGUGCGCCGCUCUUUCUCUCAUACAUUGAAACCAUCCUUCACAAUCAUGCGUCUGACUCAAUAUCGGCGCUCUUAGUCUAUGAUGACAUCAAUGUGUUGCUCGACGUGCUUAAAGUGCUCCAUAAAGGCAGCUCUGAGGGCAACGUAAACAUCCACAUGCAGAAAUACCUCAAGGAUUACAAGAACGAGAUGGCCCGAGUGACCGCCACAUCUCAUCCUGAUGCAACAGUGCCACAGGGUCAUGACGAUGUUCCUUUGGGACUUGACAUCUGCAUUGUACAGCAAUGUGACUUGCUCGAUGAGCUAGACCAUCUUCUGCCUCAGAACGUGGCUUUACAACAGACUCUACGGUUUAUGGCUUUGAUACAUGGAGCCACGUACGCUGCAGUAUCUGGACUUGAGAGACUUGGCCACGAUGGACCUCAAUUGGUUGCACUAACCCAAGACCUUAUUUCCAACGCCAUUGAACCCGAAAUGCGCGUCUACGACGUUGCUGGAUCGACAUGGAAUGACGAUGUGGUGAUUCAUCAGUUGACACCACCAGCAUGGGACUCAUGGAACAAAAUCGAGCUUGCUGCCAGAACAAUCCCUAAAAGUGAAGAUACACAACACGAUAGGGGUAAAAUGCUUGACGGUAACGACGCUUUCUUUGGGUUAUACCAAAGCUACUUGGAUUACUUUGCUUCGACAGACAGCAACGAGAAGGAGGAGAAAUUGAGAGCUAUGUUGGUGGAUUUGGUGUGUACAGACACAAAGAGAGCUGUUGAGGCUCCAAUUGUGAUGACCUAUGAGGAAACAAUCUCCAGACUUCGAGACGAAUAA